AUGUUAGCGGUGCGAGAUCAGGAGAACUUCGUGCACGGCCAGCAGGCCGCUGCAGCCGCCAAACCACUCAACCAGGGCCUCGUAGCGAAGACACCCGGCAACAAAGCACCCAAGACGCCCUUCAAAGUCGCCCUCAACGAUGAAAAUGUCGUCUUCCGCGGCGGCAAGUCCGUCCUCAAGACCAAUGGCAAAGGCAAUGAGAACCUCUUCACCGGGGCCAAGAAAGGGAACGAGCUGGACAAGAACACCUUUGUCACACCCGCCGGCCCACGCACGCGCGCCCCCCUAGGCGCCAAAACCACAAACGCCAAAACCAAAGCCUUCCAGACCCCCGCUCCCCCCUCCAUCGACACCGCCUCCGCCUCCGCAAAGACCCAGCCCCAGAGCCGCAGCCCCCGUCUCCACCGCGCCAAAGUCAAGGUCCUGGCGACCGACGAUGCGACAAAACCAGUCCCCGAGCCCGAGGAGCGCGAGAUCGAGUACAUGCCCCCGCGCGGCGAGCCCCUGCCGGAUUUACCGGACGACUACUGGGGCCCGGAGAAGACGUUUCCGAUGUUUGAGGCGAAAAACUACAUGCGUGGGAUAUGGAGUACAUACUUCAACCCCGUCGACGAUGACGGCGUUAGUCAGCUCGAACGCGAGGACGCCGUGCGAGACAAGAGGGUCAGGCGGGAGACGGACGAGACGCUGCAGAGGAAGUGCGACGAGAUGUUCGCUGAGGCUGCAGCGAACAUCACUGGCACCGCACCUCCAGCUGCGCCGCCUGUGGCCUCACGACCCACGACCUCUCGCUCCAGCUCCAGCGUCGCCACCAAGAAACCCCUUGUCCCCAACGCCACCACCGGCCAGCCCACAACCCUGACCUCGCGCACCGCGGCCACAGCCCUCCGCCAACCCUCGUCGAGACCACACUUCUCAGCCCCGACCACCGCAGCAAAAGCCCGCGUCCCGACCUCCGCCCUCCCCCUCUCCCGCAAAAAGCAACCCGUGGCAGCGGCGGCGCCGACAAACCCCUCGGCCAUGCGCCACACAGCCGCGACAGCCGCGUCGCGCACCACGCUGGGCUACGCGAACGGGCGGGCUGCGUCGAGUAGCUUGAGGAAGCCUCUGCCGCUGGGCGGCAGCGAGAUGCGUGCUCUGAAGCGGGACGGGAAGCGCAACGUCACCGCGCCGGUGUCCGCUGGGCUGGCGCGCGGGGGGUCUGAUGCGGCAGUUGGGCCGGUGAAGGCGAGGACGCAGAAGAGCGAGGAGGAGGUGUUGGUCGAGAUGUUGAGGGCGCGGGGUCUUGGUCAUGGAGAAGCAGAGGUGGAGGGGGAUGAUGAGGAUGACUUGCUGAGGGGUUCUUCUGGGCCGGGCCUGCUUCUAGAUGUCGAGGAUGAGUUUGAGGGCUUCCAGUUGGCGAUGCCGGAGUUUUGA